CAACAGCCUGGUUUGGGUGUUACAGUCAUAGACCUUUCGUAGACUUUUAAAGAUUGUGAGAUACCUGUGAAAAUCUUCAAACCGACUCUCCACAAUGGUCUGCGAGUCCAACUGAGACACACUAACGACAGGUGAGGACACACCGCAGAGCUGCAGCUCAUAUACAGGAGUACAAAACACAGCAGCUGAAGACUUACAACACCUGAGCUUCCUUGCUGAACAAAGAAAGGAAGGAAGACAGGGACAACAGCGCAGACAAACACAUCAAGAGAAGACAAAGAGAAAUGUUCAAAACAAUUACCCGUCUCCUUUUUGGGCGAGAGGAGGAGACCCCUGAAGAAGCCAAGUCUGGAGAAGUGGUGGAAGAAGGGUGGCUUGUUGUCAGUCAUCAAGAGACAAGUUCUGCAGAGAACCAGGAUGCAGAGCUGACUGACACCCAACCGUUAAACUCGGCUCCUCAUGGAGAAACAGUUGCAAAUAUGGAAACUGAUACAAGCGUGCUAGAUCCAGAGCCCACAGUUCAAAGCAGCAGCGCCACCAGUCAAGCCAUCUCUGGCUCUUUUUCUCAGCCAAAGGUACGGGCGGAGGUGACACAGCUCACCUGCAUGCAGAAGGCAAAGGCCUGGGCAGACCGACACCACAUGUCCCGUAACGCUAUCCAGCGCCAGAACCGUGUUCGCCAAGGGGUCCAGCACCACUCCUUCAACCUCCAACAGCCAGGGCACCGUAACCUCGGCCAUUGAAGCUCUGGUUUUAAACCAGGAAAUAGUCUUUCAGCGUACAUCAUACACAUUCAACACAUACUAUAAUACACACGUACACAUACACACAGCUCAGAGCUGACAAAAAAAAAAGCAUUAUUACAUCUGUUUUUACACAUUUAGAGUUUUGUGCAGAUAUAA